AUGGCGAGUGGCAGCCAUAUGCAUAACUUCACCACCCUCAUCAAGCGGCUCGAGGCGGCGACCUCACGCUUGGAGGAUAUGGCGAUGAGCUUGGACGACAACAGCGCAUCAAAAACCACAGGACCGUCCUCAGCAGCAGCACCGGCUUUGCCUGAACCCCCGAAACCAGCUGCACCACCCGCUCCCCCAGCAGCUCCCGCGGCGCCACAGGUCCCUGUUCAGAUCCAAGACUUCGACACAUUGAUCAAGGGUGACGUUCAGAACUUUGUGAAUCUCGGAGAAAAGAUCGGCGGACUGGUGGCAGAGCAGUCGAAAGCCGUCCUGCAGGCCUUCCAGGCUGAGCGCACCUUCCUCUAUGUCUCGACGAAGGCAAAGAAGCCCGACGUGCCCCCUCCAGAGCUCAUGACCGAUUUGCACAAGGCCUCUGACAGUAUCAACAACAUCAAAGAGUCCAAUCGCGCUUCAUCAUUGUUCAACCACCUUAGCGCAGUUGCCGAGGGUAUUGUGGCGCUGGGUUGGUUCUUUGAGAGCAAGCCGGCGGACUUUGUUGCUGAGAUGAUUGGCGGCAUUGAAUACUAUGGUAACAAGGUGCUCAAGGAAUACAAGGAAAAGGACCGCACCCAUGUUGAAUACAUUCAGGCCUACUACCAGAACUUUAAGGCCCUUUCCGCCUACCUCAAGAAACACUAUCCCAAAGGCUUGACAUGGAAUUCCGAGUCUGGUCUCAGCGCCCUGGACGCCUUGAAGGAGGUCAAGGCCGGCUCUGCCUCAACUGGCGGCGGUGGUGCUCCUCCCCCUCCACCACCUCCCCCUCCCCCUCCUGUGCCCUCUGUGAACGUCCCUGGAGGUAUCCCACCACCCCCUCCUCCUGGUAUUCCUCCUGCUCCCGCGCCCUCUGCGCCAGCGCCUGAUAUGGCCGCUGUCUUUGACCAGCUCAACCAGGGUGAGCAGAUCACAUCGGGCCUGCGCAAGGUGGACAAGUCACAAAUGACCCACAAGAACCCCAACCUUCGUGCAGGCUCCACGGUCUCGGAGUCUUCUGUGUCAUCUCGACCUAAGUCGCCUGCGCCAAGCAAGAAGCCCAAGCCUGAAAGCAUGCGUGCCCGCAAGCCGCCACGCAAGGACCUUGAGGGCACCAAGUGGCUGAUCGAGAAUUUUGAAGGCUCCGAUGAGAUUAUUGAGGUUCAGGCACAGCAGAAUCAGUCUAUUCUUAUCACGCGUUGCAACCAGUGCAUUGUCAAGGUUUCCGGCAAGGCUAAUGCUAUCGCGAUUGACAACUGCACGGGCCUCUCUAUCAUUGUUGAUUCCCUCGUCAGCAGCCUCGACGUCAUCAAGUCGCCCAAAUUCGCUCUUCAAAUCGAUGGCACUGUUCCAACAGUUCUUCUGGAUCAGGUGGAUGGAGCCACUGUGUACCUUGGCCAGAAGAGUCUCGCAACGGAGAUUUUCACCAGCAAGUGUAGUGCCGUCAACAUCAUGCUACCUCCCCAGGAGGGUACUGAUGAUGAUACCAAGGAGUGCCCUGUCCCGGAGCAGAUCAAGAGUUAUAUCAAGAACGGUGUGUUGGUCAACGAAAUUGUUGAGCACGCCGGUUAG